AUGGCGAGGGCGAGGCGGGGAGGCGUGGGCUGGAGGGCGGUUCUUGCGGCGGCGCUGUGGCUUCUUCUUGUGGCGGCGGAGGCCGGGAAGUACAACGCGGUGUUCAAUUUUGGGGACUCCCUGGUGGACGCCGGCAACCUGGUGACCGAGGGCAUCCCGGACUACCUCGCCACGGCGCGGCCGCCCUACGGCCAGUCCUACUUCAGGCACCCCACCGGCCGCUGCUCCGACGGCCGCCUCGUCAUCGACUUCAUCGCGCAAGAGUUCGGGCUGCCGCUGCUGCCCCCGUCCAAGGCCAAGAACGCCAGCUUCGCGCAGGGCGCCAACUUCGCCAUCACCGGCGCCACGGCGCUCGACACCGAGUUCUUCGAGAAGCGGGGCCUCGGAAAGAGCGUCUGGAACUCCGGGUCACUCUUCACCCAAAUCCAGUGGCUACGCGACCUCAAGCCCUCCUUUUGUAACUCCACCCAAGAAUGCAAGGAUUUCUUUGCCAAGUCCCUGUUCGUCGUUGGCGAAUUGGGCGGAAAUGACUACAACGCGCCACUCUUUGCCGGGAAGGAUCUCAGGGAGGCCUACAACUUGAUGCCUCAUGUCGUUCAGGGCAUCUCAGAUGGCGUCGAGCAAUUGAUUGCUGAGGGGGCAAAGGAUUUGAUUGUGCCUGGAGUGAUGCCAUCUGGGUGCUUUCCAGUGUACCUGAGCAUGUAUGUUGAUGCUAAAGAGGGGUACGGUCAGCGUAGCGGCUGCCUCAAGCGAUUCAACACGUUUUCAUGGGUGCACAACGCGAUGCUCAAGGGUGCGCUGGAGAAGCUUCGUGCCAAGCACCCUGGCGUGAGGAUCGUAUAUGGGGAUUACUUUACACCAGUUAUCCAGUUCUUGCUUCAGCCUGAAAAGUUUGGUGAGUUCCAAAUUCUUUAUUUUGUGCUGUAA